AUGGCCAAUGCAGAGGAGCAGCCUGAAAAACACUGCUGGGUGUGUUUUGCUACUGAAAAAGAUGACUGCAAUUCAGAGUGGGUGAGCCCAUGCAGGUGUAAAGGCUGUACCAAAUGGAUCCACCAAGAAUGUCUUCAGCGGUGGCUCGACGAAAAGCAGAAAGGAAAUGUUGAAGGUGCAGUCUGCUGUCCACAAUGUGGCACUGAAUAUCUCGUUGCGUUCCCCAAGAUGGGUGCACUGGCAUAUUUACUUCAUCACAUAGAUUCUGCUUUGAAUCGGAUCAGUCCUUUGGCUGCUGUUGGGGUUGUGAUGGGCACUGCAUACUGGUCCGCUGUAACGUAUGGUGCUGUGACAGUCAUGCAGGUUGUGGGACAUAAGAAAGGCCUAUGUGUUAUGGAGCGGGCAGACCCGCUGUUCCUCCUGAUGGCUUUGCCCACUAUUCCUGUGGUGCUUGUCCUGGCCAAGAUGAUCCGCUGGGAAGACUGUUUAGUCAGACUCUGGCAAAGAUACAUACAACAUUUUCCACCUGGUUCUCGGGUUCCUGUUGAAGGGACAAAUUCAGGGGACCAUAUCUCUGUGUCCCGUACUCUUUGUGGAGCUCUUCUUUUCCCAUCAGUGUCCAGUCUAACGGGAAAAGUGCUGUUUCCAAGAGUUUCGGCUAAUCUUCAGCGCACGAUACUUGGUGGAGUAGCAUUUACAUUAAUCAAAGGAGCAUUAAAAAUAUAUUUCAAACACCAGCAGUACGCUGUUCAAGUCAAACGUUGCAUACUCAACUUCCCAGUGACAGAACUUCAGAAUACAGAAGAAGGGAACGCAGAGUAA